AUGACUAACUCGUUAUACGAUCCGUUAGGAUUGGUAAUUGAGCUAGACAUACAAGGAAGGCAUCUGGUACAGAGAGCUUCCCAAUAUGCGUGGGAUGCUAGACUACCAGAUGACCUAUGUGUUCUUACUAGUAAGUGGUUGGCCUUGGUUAAGAAGGCUGUCCUCGAGACCAAGGUUCCCAGAAAGAUUGACUGUAAGAAGUUGCUUGUCUAUGUUGAUGCUAGCCAAAGCACUUGGGGGGUGGAUAUUAGAACUCCAAGUGGGACUAGGGUUUGCGCUAAAGGUGGUCUUUUCCCUCAGCCAAAGAGGGAUAAGUGGACUAUUCCGCGGAAGGAGCUACUUUCUCUUAUUUAUGGUAGAGACCUUCUUAUAAAUGUGUGGAAAACAGUUGAUGAGAGUAUGAGAGAUCAAUGUGAAGCUCUCAUACUGAGUGAUUCUCAAAUCAAUUGUUACAGAGUCCACAAAGAAGACCAGGCGACUGAUAUGAAGGCGUGGGAACGCAAGACUAUUCAGUCGAUGCGUGGCUUUAUGAUGAAUCAUUCGGUCGUUCUACGUCAUGUGGCUACUACCUGGAAUUCCGCUGAUGGUAUUACCCGUGGUACCUUCCCUAAUAAGGUUAGUGAAGAUAUGGUCAAGGCAACGGCCGCAUGGUGGAAGACCGAUGAUUUUACACUUGAAGUGAACUGGUUGACGAAGGUAUCAUCAGUGAUGCUAAGGAAGAGGCCGCUGAUGAGACUGCGGAUCCCGUAA